UCCACCGCAACAAGCCUGUGACUCCGGGUAUCCGGCCAGUCAGUGCAGCUUCAGUGCCGGGGUUCGGUGUUGGGCUGAUAAAAAUGUUACCUUUGUCUAUUAAAGAUGAUGAAUACAAACCUCCCAAAUUCAACCUCGUGGGCAAGAUCUCGGGAUGGUUUAGAUCUAUCCUUUCGGAUAAAACCUCUCGAAACCUGUUCUUCUUCCUUUGUCUGAAUCUCUCCUUCGCUUUUGUGGAGCUGCUGUAUGGGAUAUGGAGUAACAGCCUGGGGCUCAUAUCAGAUUCUUUUCACAUGUUCUUUGACUGCACGGCCCUACUGGCUGGCCUGGCGGCAUCCGUGAUCUCGAGGUGGAGGUCCAACGAUGCCUUCUCCUACGGGUAUGUGAGGGCUGAGGUCCUGGCUGGGUUUGUGAACGGUCUCUUUUUAAUCUUCACAGCUUUUUUCAUCUUCUCUGAAGGAGUGGAGAGAGCGCUUGAACCCCCAGAUGUCCAUCACGAGAGGUUGCUACCAGUGUCAGUGGCCGGACUCCUGGUUAAUCUGGUUGGCAUCUUUGUGUUCCAGCAUGGCGGCCAUGGGCACUCCCAUGGAGAUGAAGGCCAUGGUCACAGCCAUUCACUGUUCAAUGGCAGUCUGAGUCAUGGACACGGUCAUGGAGGCUUUAGCCAUGGGCACGAGUUGAAGCACGGGCACGACGACCAUGGGCACGGGCACGGGCACGACGACCAUGGGCACGACGACCAUGGGCACGGGCAUGGGCACGACGACCAUGGGCACGGGCACGGCCACCAUGGGCAUGGGCACGAUCACCAGGAGACGCAUUGCCAUGAGGAUCACUCAAACACGCCAGGAAAGGGCUCCAGUAAACAGAUUUUACAAGGAGUCUUUCUGCACAUCGUAGCAGACACCCUAGGAAGUAUUGGAGUCAUCAUUUCAGCUAUAUUAAUGCAGAAAUAUGACCUCAUGAUAGCUGACCCUAUCUGUUCCAUGUUGAUCGCCAUUCUCAUAGGAGUGAGUGUGGUGCCACUGCUGAAGGAAUCUAUUGGUAUACUGAUGCAGCGCACUCCUCCAUCUCUCGAUCACACGCUCCCGGAGUGCUACCAACGGGUUCAGCAUCUCCAGGGGGUUUACAAUUUACAGGAGCCCCAUUUCUGGACACUCUGCACAGAUGUUUACAUUGGUACUUUGAAGCUGCUGGUAGCCCCUGACGCUGAUGCCCGCUGGAUUCUCAGCCAGACGCAUAACAUCUUCACCCAGGCAGGUGUGAGGCAGCUUUAUGUGCAGAUCGACGUGGCUGCCAUGUGACACCCCUGUGUGGGAGGGCCCUGGGACCAGAGGCUCCCUGGUACUGUAGGGAUCUGUCGACUUGUCCUCAUCUCUCUGGGUCAAGCUAAAGGGACCAAAACAGAGGCGGAACCACCAGGCUCUCGCCAGUCUUCAUAAAAACUUGCCAGUGUGAUUUCUUCAAGACAAGAUGAACCUUGUAGUCUGUUCAGUCUCUGAACCCAGUAUUUUUUUAUUUUUUAAGAAGGAUUUUUUAAGUAAUGAAAACUUUCAAAUCUUACUUUGUAAGCGUGCUUGCCAUGGAUUCUGUAAAAUCCAGGGUAGUUCAAAUACGCUAAUGUCUCUUUUUUUUCUUUAUGUAAAUGUCAUCUCUGCAGCUGAUAACAUCAUGUAGAAGGAAAAUAAUCGAAUUGGCUGAUUUGCACUUUGCAGACUUUGCAGAGCCAGACCAUAUUUUUGGUUUCCAAAGUGCCUUUUUUUAAUCAUCAUGGAUAAUAAGGACAAUCCAGGGCCUUGUGUGGAAAAAACCAUGUGGACAUCUGGAAUAAAUGGAGCUCAGCACUGCCGCUGGUGUGGUGUGUGAACAGCCAAGUGCUGCCCACUUACAGCUGUCUUGCAGUCUGAACACUUGUCCUCAUCAGCAGCUUUCUAAGCAAUCUGUCAGUUCAGGAGAAUUCCACUUGAUCAUUGAAACACAUAUGUACCUCUGGACAGGCCAGCUUAGUUGAAAUUUAUUUCAACCCACUUAAAGGGUAAAUGUGAAGAGAAGACGUACCACAAAAGAAGUUCUCACACGAUUGUGGUCCUGCAGAUUCUCCUCAGUUUUACUGUAUCUGUUUGUUGCAGGCCAGGUAUCUUUCUGCAAUGUAACAAACAGUUUCCACAGCUGAGUACUGUGCUUUCUAAUGAAUUUAUUAAUUUUAUUAUCUUUUGAAGAGGUGUAAAUGAAAGCAGGGGUUGGACAUUAGGAAGCAUACCCAUGUGUGACCCAUUGCAGUUAUUGUCAUUAAAUGAAAUCAGUGGCCAUUUUUGUUAAUUUAAGGUCUUUAAUUUCAUUUUAGGCCUUUUAAUUUUUCAUAAGUUUUUGUCAGGUUAAUUCAAUCUUGUUUAUGUCCCCUGAUCAUUCAAAACAAGCCCUUUUGUUUUGUGUUGAAAGUGCCAGUAAAAGUAUUUGAAAAUCUUCUGAAUUUCACUGUCCAUUCUGAAGGAGCAGACAAACCAAGAUGCUCGUCCUUUAGAAAGUCAAACAGAAUGAAUCAGGGCACUUAAUAGUUCUCUAUUUAGCAAUCACUGAUUGCAAAGUUGAAAGUGUUAAAGUAGGCUAUUAUCUGCCCCUAAAGCUCAUGAGAAAUCUCACAGAAGGAAUGAAUAAACAUCUUCUCCAGUAUAAGUGUGCAAUGACAAGUACCAUAAUUGAAACGCAUUAAAGCGCAGUGAAAUAAAUAGAGAUUUAUAGACUUUCAGGUCAAAUAGCAUGGCUACUGUGUGAAUGCCCUGUGCUGGACAAUUUAGAUACUCGCUGAAGAACACUGAACAGAAUGAGGGAACCGUGUGUACAUACUGUGUGGGGUAAAAAGUUCCCCCUGACAUCAUAACUCCAGACCUUCACUGUUACCCCACAACUUAAACAAUGUUGAUUAUCCAGAUAACAUUUGUUAAAUCCAAGUCUGUUUUAGGUCUGUUUUUUUUCAAUAGAAUAUACAGAUAGGAUAUGCACUCAAAAGUACUGUAAUAACAACCAUGUGUUUAUGAUUGAGAAGAACACUGUUGAGAAUCUUCAAACGAUCCCAGCACACAUCUUGCCAGGUGUUUUUCUCCACCAGAUCAUUUUUGUUUUCUGUAGCACAGCCAGAUACACCUCAAGCAUUGCUAUUCGCAUGUCUUCAUGGACAGUGUCACAUCUUUUAGAGAUUCAUUUCUAAGGUGAGAGUCAGCGCCAUAUUACCCCAAGAUUUUUGAGUUAAGAUCAUAUAAGGAGGUUAUCUGCAUCUGUAGAUUGGAAGGGCUCCUUCAUAAUGGACUAAACAUUGCUUUUUUCAUUUUUAAAGAUGUUCUUCAAAUUUUCCCUUCUUGAGUGUUGUAGACUAUUACUUGUAAGCUGCUGGUUAUAAUGGUCACAGUCCUGAGUAAGCAGUAAAUAUGGACUUUUUAAUGAUGUACCGUUCCUGGAGGUGGAAGAAGUUCUUGACUGAUUCUGAUCUCAAGAAACAGUGGCGCUCACUUUUUGGUCUGCAUUUUGCACAGUAUACUGAGCAGUGUCUAUUCACAGACUUUUUGUGUGAAUUAGCUUCGAUCUGUACCUGUAUUAUUCUGCGUGUGUGAAAUGUGACAUCUGUGCACAUUUCACCCAAGCAUACAGUCCGUGAUUAACAGUAAGUGGACAGGUAAAUCUGCUUGUUACCAGGCCAGCAGUGAACCUGAACAUUUCACGGCUAGUCUGGCUCUUUGUGGAAAUUAUCGAUCAUACAAAUAAAACCAAUUCCAAAUAUACUCUGAAUUUGUUUUAAACUCAUUUUUUAAUGUCUCCUGGGAAGUGUUAAUUAAAAAUAUUUAUAUGCUUGAUUAACUUUAAAGAGAAAUUCACACAGGGCAAAGUUAUGUGUAAUACUAGAUUCAGUCCAGCUGUUUGGUCCAAUACCCUGAUUUAAAUUCCACCCACCCACACUUCAUUUGCUUUUUGACAGGCUCACUCUCUGCCAAGUGUCUCAUCCAGUUUUGUGUAGAAACAUCACCUGACAUCCAUUUCACAAAUUGAAAAUUAAUCAUAUAUGCAAUCUUUUUGUAAAAAUGCUUGGGUUAAAGGUUUUUGUACAUAUACAGCCACCUAUAUGAAAGUGAAAUGUUUAUAUUGUAAACAGAUUAAGUGUUGGCAAACGCAGUAACUGGGAAGUUCAUUUAUGCCUUCACAUUUGCAUGCUCCUUUAUAAAAAAUAAAUAAAAAGGGGUUUUGUUUUAAGUGUAUUAUGAUGUUUACAGCAGAUACAGAGCAUCAUGAGGGUUAGUACAAAGGGGAUCUGUUUACAUGCACAUUGUUUCCAGGUGAAGCAUCAUAUAAAGGUGAGACUGUCACGGUUAUACAACAGCUUUGUUGAAACAAGAUGCAGCCAUUAACACAUUUGAUAAGGUGGUAGGAAAGUACAGCAAUAAAAUUUCAUGAAUUAUAAAGCAUCUCCUGUGAAAAUGUAGAAGAUCUGUUUAAUCAAUAUACUGUAUGUAUAAGUGUGAGAGAAGGCAGUACACUGUGUAUAUGUACAUCUCACUUUUCAGAAAAGCAAACUCAAUUCAUAUGCUCUGGGCUUUAUUGUUUACUGAGCCUUUUAAUUUUCUCUUAUCCUGCUGUAAUUAUACAGCAGGGUAAGGUUUUGAUAUACAAUAUAAACUGUUGGUGUACAUUCUUGUUGUGAAAAUAAGAGCAGUGUGCCAGGAAUUCUCUGUACAUCUUACUCAGUAAAAUCAACAUUCCUCAA